CUCUGGGGUUGACCAACGCGCCGGCGCGUUUUGUGGCAUCUUCUCCUGAUAACGCCGAAAAGAACUUAAAUUACUCUGUCAGUUUUGAUCGUACAGAUAAGAGCAAUACAUCAUUCGAAUCUGUAAAGGGUCUACUUUUAUUUGUAUACACUCAUAAUAACAACAAAAUGCUGUGCUUUUGUAGAAUAAAGAAAACAGACAGGGUGCGUUCUCUGUCUUCUCCGUCUCUGUCACCUCUCUUCACAGACCCGUAAAUAAAACACCCUGAAUCUCAGCGAAUACUUGCCUCAAAGACAUGAGAAAUAUAUGUAUAGAAAGCUUGAGUUGUCUACUUUUAAAUUAAACAAUUCAAGUCGAAAACAAACAAUCUCUUUUUAUGUAAUCCGUAUGAAAGUAAGGAGUGGUACAGUUUCUCCUGUCUCACCUCAUUAUCGCUAAUGUGAUCCCGCCUCGCACUGAGCGCGCUGUUCAUAUGUAAAUGAUCCGAGGUGAGCCAGGUAAUUAUGUACACGCCCCCGCGAAAUGGCAUAAAACGGCAAGCUUCAUCACAGAAUUUACUCACUUUUUUCUGCGCGUUUGGAUGAUGGCACGCUACAUGGGUGAAGAAGCACUCCAGCUGUUUCUGGACAGCGACGAAGACAUUACUUUCUCCUCAGAGGAAGAGCGCGACUCGGAUGACGAGCGUUUGCAUUUUGAAGAGCGAGUGGACCCAGCGGAGGAUAUCAUUCCUGACGAGACUGUGAAUACCCCACUCUCGCCUUCACCUGCAUCUCACACAGGAAGUGGACGCAGACGUGAGAAAAACAGUGAAAAAGAACCUGUGGCAAAGAGAGCCAAAACAGAUAAGCAGCCCACUCUGUCAUGGAACACAGAGACUGAUGUUGACAUGGCUCCACAGGCUCUGAGAUUCCUGCCCACACGGGAACCUGGACCACAGCUAGACCCAAGACCCUGUGAGGCACACACUCCCAUGAGUCUCUUCAAAAUGUUUUUUUCUUCAACUGCUGUGUCAACUCUGUGUCAAAACACCAAUGCUCAGGCUGCCAGGGCACGUGCAAAGGGCCAUAAAUAUAAAUGGACAGACGUCAGCAUCAGUGAGCUGUACCGUUACAUUGGGCUACUCUUCUACAUGGCCAUGGUGAAGUUGAGGUCCAUCAGAGACUACUGGCGGCAGGAUAGUGUUUUCUCUGUUCCUUUUCCUGCCACAAUCAUGUCAAGGGACAGAUACCGCACCAUUUCAUGGAAUCUGCACAUGAGUCACCCAGAUGCAGACAAGGACAAUGACCGAAAGAGAGGCACAGCUGAACACGACCGUCUUUUCAGGAUCAGACCCUUCGUGGACACUAUCCGGCAUGCAUGUAAGGCCAUCUAUCAUCCAAGACAAAAUUUGGCAGUGGAUGAAAGAAUGGUGGCAUGCAAAGCAAACACAGGAAUGACUCAGUACAUGAAAGCCAAACCAACCAGGUGGGGCUUCAAGUUGUUUGUUCUUGCGGACUCAUCAAAUGGAUAUACUGUAGAUUUUGCUGUGUACACAGGAAAGAACAACUUUCCCACAGGCCAUGGACUGUCAUGAUGCUGUGACAUCUCUGUUGGACCGUAGAGUUUUGGGCUUUGGGUACCAUGUAUACAUGAAUGAUUUUUACACUAGUCCCAAGCUUCUAACAGACUUGUUUGCUUUGAAGUUUGGUGCAUGUGGGACUUACAGAGACAACAGGAAGGAUUGCCCUCGGAAUGCAGCUAACUCACUCACCAAAAAAUCUGUUAGGGGCUCCAUCAGGUGGAUUCGAGAUGGACAUCUUGUGUUUGUGAAAUGGAUGGACACACGAGAGGUGUCUGUCUGUUCCACCAUCCAUGCUGCUCAUACAGGAGAUACUGUGCAGAGGAGGGUGAAAACACAAAAUGGAUGGAGGACAAAGAGUUUUCCAUAUCCUGCACCUGUGACUGCAUACAACCAGCACAUGGGGGGUGUUGACCUGUCUGAUCAGCUGUUACAGUACUACACCACACAGCACAAAACAAUGAAGUGGUACAGAAAGCUAUUUCUACACUUCUUGGACAUUGCUGCCACCAAUGCCUUUAUUGUACACAAAGAGCUUUACGGCACCAUGAGCCACAAGGAGUUUAUGGAAGAACUAAUUGCAGAGCUCUGUGGCGUGUCACAGAAAAUAACACCAAAGCGGACCAGUGUUGACCAUGUGCCAGUUCCAGGAGCUGAGCAGGCCUCAGAUGCCACUGCUGGUCGCCGGAUCUGUGUGCUUUGCAAAGCAAAGCAUGGUAAGAGGCAGGACACUCCUUGGAAAUGCCAGGCAUGUGAUGUUCACUUGUGUGUUCAGCUGAAAAGGAACUGUUUCCUAGAGUGGCACAAAGAUGUAUAGCUGUAUAGAUGUAUAGCUGUUCAAUUCUGUGGGCUUCAAAGAGUGGGCUUUUACUAUAGUCUAAAUAAACUACAAACAAAAAAUAUAUAAAUUUCUUUUGUCCUCACAUUCUUUUUCAUAGCACUUCCCUCUCAGCCACAUUCCUGACUCAACGGCUCAUUAUGCAGGUCAUUAUGCGGGUCUUUGUCUUCUUAGGUGUCAAUCACAUUAUUAUUCGUGAUCAUUCACGCCCUCUUGCAUAUGCCCUUUCGAAACAAAAAGUGUCUUAGAAAAUUUAAAUAAGUAUAUUGUUUACUGUGAAUGAGUGAACAAGAUGAUUAUCACAUCAUUUUGAUGCAAAAAAUCUAGGCUACAAGAUCCAGUUCUCGAAAGUCUUGUGAACCAAUGUUCUGUAUGUGUUUUAUGGCCUUAUUUCAGUGACUUAAAAAUUUUAGUUUUUCACUAACCACGCAUAAACGCUGUUUUCUCAAAAACACAAUCAUGUAUAAACAUGCUGCUCACAUAUUAUUGUAGCCCAGUUUGUGCUGAUUACAGUAUUAUCAGACUUUAGCCAUUAAUAUAUUUAAAAGCAACUGAAAAAAGCACAAAUGUCAGGGCAUGUCAAAAUUUGUCCAGGGCCCCAAAACACCCUCAGACCCCAGAGGGUUAAGUGCAAAUAGAAUUCCAGUUCCUGAACCAUCAGUAUUCAGUGGGGAUCCAUUGAAGUACAAUGACUGGAAACUCUCCCUUGAAACAUUGAUCGACCAGAAGAACAUUCAAGAUAAGGAGGAGAUCUACUACCUCUGUAGGUGAGUAAGUGGCCAAGCUAAGAAAGUGCUUGAUGGAUACUUCUUACUUGGAACUGAAUCUGUGUAUGCUGCUGCAUGGAAAAUCUGAGAGGAGAGAUAUGGGAAUCCAUUUGCGAUUGCAAAAUCAUAUAGAGAUAAGCUCCAAGCAUGGCCUAAGAUGGGAUCUAGAGAUAGUUUUGAGCUCAUAGAAUUUGUUGAUUUUCUGCAUAGUUGUGAGGCUGCCAUGGUUCACAUCAAGGCAUUGGAAAACUUGAAUGAUUGUAAUGAAAACAGGGAGAUUCUUUCAAAGUUACCGGAUUGGCUAACAGUGAGAUGGAAUCGUAAGGUUAUUGAAAUAGAAGAGGAGACUAACCAAUUUCCCUCCUUCAGUCAGUUUGUCAAGUUAACUACAAGUACCAGUGAAAAACCUGUCAUAACAUGCAUUUUCUGUCAUAAGACUAGACAUCUUUUGCAUAAAUGCAGGAAGCUUGUGGAGAAAUCAGUUUCAGGCAGAAUUAAAUUUGUUCAAGCUGGAAAGUUAUGCUUUGGUUGUCUUAAGCCUGACCAUUUCUCAAAGAAUUGCAACAGUAGGAGUGUCUGCGAUAUGUGCCACAAGAUGCAUCCAACCUGUCUGCACGAGGAGCGAAUUAAAGAAAACCAAAACUCAACUCAAUCAAGUACAAGUCAAGAAAGGCACCAAGAAAGACCUCCAUCAAUACAACAUGAAGAAAUAACCACAGCUGUUACUUCAAAGAGAGUAAUUCUUGAUGAAUUCUUGAUGAGACUAACACACAAACAGCAGCGAUAAUUCCUGUCUGGAUUUCAUCCAUAACUCAACCAGCACAAGAAGUUCUUGUUUAUGCUCUUUUAGACUCUCAAAGCGACACAACUUGUAUUUUAAGUGAAGUAGCUGAAGCAUUAGAAGCAAGCAAAGAACAAGUUAAGCUCAAGCUAUCUACUAUGACCUCAAAGACCACAGUGGUAAGCUGCCAAAGGGUAAAAGACCUACAAGUCAGAGGCUUUUAUUCUGAUAAAAGGAUCUCUUUACCACCAGUCUAUACUCGGGAGUUUA